UCUAAAGAAGGGAAUGCUCCAUGGCGCUGAAUUGAGAUAGACCGCCGUAUUCCAUGAACUCGACGUGCAAUCAAUUGGUGUGUGUACUGGCCUUAAAAUUCGAAAACCUGCAGUUUCUCAACGGAUAUCGAUGAGCUUAAGUUAAUAAGGGAAAGGGAAAAGUCGGCCAUGGCAUCGUUAUUUGAAAGACCAUCUCUGGUCUUUGGUGCGUCUAUUGCGUUGCGAGUUAUUCUCCUCUUCUAUGGCGCCUGGCAAGAUGCUCAUUCAGCCGUUAAGUACACCGACAUCGACUACAUGGUCUUUACCGACGCAGCCCGGUACGUUUCGCAGGGUGCCUCGCCGUACGCUCGUGACACGUAUCGUUACACUCCUCUUCUCGCGUGGAUGCUUCUACCAACCUCCUGGGAAGGGCUCUUCUCCUUCGGUAAGGCACUUUUUGCCCUCUCUGACGUGGUCGCUGGAUGGCUCAUCGCAAAAUCCCUCAUGUCAUUCUACGGCAUGAGCACUUCUCGCGCUCUGAAAUAUGCCAGCUUCUGGCUACUGAAUCCCAUGGUUGCCAAUAUCAGUACUAGAGGAAGCUCCGAGGGUCUCCUGGGUGUGCUGGUUAUUGCCCUGCUCUGGGCCGUCUUGAAUAAGAAACUCACUCUCGCUGGGGUAAUUCUCGGACUUAGCGUGCAUUUCAAGAUUUACCCCUUUAUCUACGGCCCGUCUAUCAUCUGGUGGCUGGACGAAGAGCACGAUGGAUCGAGAUCAGCUUCACCAAAGGAUAGACAGAAGCAAAAAGAUGCAAGCCUCAUGUCCAGUCUCUCUAACUUCGUCACCCCUUCUCGUCUGCUUCUCACCGUCACCGCACUGGCCACGUUUUCAGGUCUCAAUAUCUCGAUGUAUAUCCUUUACGAUUUUCCCUUUGCACAGCAGACUUAUCUUCACCACUUGAGUCGCAUCGAUCAUCGCCAUAAUUUCUCCCCUUAUAGCACCCUCCUAUAUCUCUCCGCCGCAGGAGACGUCCAGGGGAACUUUGAGUCUUUAGCAUUCAUUCCGCAAUUACUUCUCUCUGUCGUUGUCAUCCCGAUUAUUUUGGCCAAGAAGAGCCUUCCGGGAGCGAUGCUGGCCCAGACAUUCGCAUUCGUUACGUUCAACAAAGUUUGCACGAGUCAGUACUUCCUCUGGUACCUCGUCUUCCUCCCGUUCUAUCUCCCUUCUUCAUCUUUAAUGAAUAAUCCGAGGUUGGGAAUCACGGUUACGGCUCUAUGGGUGGCCGGUCAGGCUAUGUGGCUCCAGCAAGGCUACCGUCUCGAAUUCCUUGGUUUAUCGAGUUUCGUUCCGGGAUUAUUCUUAGCUAGUUUAGGAUUCUUUGCCGUGAAUGUCUGGAUCUUGGGCAUCAUUGUCAGUGAUGUCGGAUUGAUAGGGAAUUAGGCCCUCACCUUUUUCGUUGUGCAAACGGACAGACGAUUGUUAUAGGUGCUAGUGGCUAGCUAGUAUAUCAUUUCUCCCUGUUGGUCUUCUCCGGUUUGGGUCUUCAUUAUAAGGCUGC